UCCAAAAAAGAAGAAAGGUACGUCAUUGGUGGCACGUGAACACCUGUGAGAAGAAAAUGAAAUACACAACUGCAUAUGUUUGCGAUCUCUGCAGGUUCAGGCUCAGAUAACGACGAGGACGAUGACAAUGAUGAAGACGCCUCCAAAAAAAAGACAAAGAAAAAGACAACAAAGGACAGCUCUUCGUCCGCAACGACUGCCAAAGAAAAGAAAUCUAAAUCUAAAGAGGAGAAAGAUUCUGAUGGAAAAGAAAAAAAGUCAAAGUCAAAGGAGAAAGACAAGAAGAAAGAACCAGCUUCAUUGUUCCAGAUAAACGGAGAAAAAGACUCAAAAAGCAAGAAAAAAGCUGCCAAAUCAGACAGUGAGGACAGUGAAGAGGAGAAGAAGACGACCAAAUCAAAGAAGAAAUCGACAGCCGGCUCAGCAUCCUUGUUCCAAACAUCAGGAGACAAGGAAAAAGACAAGAAGACAAAGAAGAAAGCAAAGGCAGAAGAAACUGAUGAUUCUGAGUCCGAAAAAGAAGAAAAAUCGAAGAAGAAAAAGGGCAAAGGGAAGAAGAAAAAGGAGAGAUCCCCAUCGCCCGAGAUUGAGUUUGACAACUUGGAGAAGUUCGUGAUGGAGCCGGCUCCGCAGGGCGUGACCAUCAAAUGCAGAGUGACUCGAGACCAGAGAGGGAUGGACAAGAGCCUCUAUCCCACUUAUUACUUUCACCUCGACAACGCAAAGAAGACAUUCCUUUUGGCCGGCAGGAAAAGAAAGAAAUGCGGAACUUCAAAUUACCUCAUCUCCAUCGACGCCACAGAUUUAUCGAGAGGUGGAGAGAAUUUUGUUGGAAAGCUGAGGUCCAAUUUAAUGGGGACUAAGUUCACCGUAUUUGACAACGCUCUGAAUCCAGACCGAGCUCUUCCAGACAUGUCUAAUGCACGGCAGGAGCUAGCAGGCAUCAUCUAUGAAACAAAUGUCUUAGGGAUGAAAGGACCGAGAAGGAUGUCGAUUAUCAUUCCAGGAAUGGACAAGGACAACGACCGAGUACCUCUACGACCAAGAAAUGAAUGUGACGGCUUGUUGAUAAGGCACCAGAAUAGAAGGAUGGAAAAUCUGAUCGAGCUUCACAACAAGACGCCUGUGUGGAAUGACGAAUCGUCAUCUCAUGUGCUCAACUUCAACGGCAGGGUCACCCAGGCCUCCAUCAAGAACUUCCAGAUAGUCCACAGCAAAGACUUGGACUACAUUGUGAUGCAGUUUGGACGAAUAGCCGAUGACAUUUUCACGCUGGACUUCAACUACCCGAUGUGUGCCGUGCAGGCCUUCGCCAUCGCACUCUCCAGCUUCGAUGGCAAAAUCGCCUGCGAAUGAUAGAAAGAUUCCCAGUCGUCUUCUCACACUGAAAGCAGUAUUGCAACACGGCCACAACUCACGACAACUCUUUGGACUCGCCUUUCAACGUUUCCUGUGAUUGGUUGGCGAUCGCGAACGACGGUUUCCUCUUAUCUCGACGAUAAGUGCUGCUGCGCUUCGGUCUCCUGUUACCAUCUAAUCUGAUCUGAUGUGAUCUGGCACGACACAGGAGAGUCCUGGUUAUCUGUCCCGGUAAUUCAGUGGAAAUGUCAGGAUUUCUGUGAAUCACAGAGAGACACACAUCCUUUCAAAGGACCCCAGUGACUGGAGAGUGAAGGGUCUUGAAGGGGAUGAUGGUACACCCGGAUUAUGAGGGUUACUAACGUCAUUAAAAGAUGUUGUUUUCUAUGCUGUCUUGUAUUGCUGUUUAUUUGAUAUACCAAAUGGUUAUAAUGUAUUGUGUCACAUGUCAUGAUGAAAAUGUCUUGUUUCUUUGGGGCACAAAUCUGACUUUAUUCGAAGAGUCCCGCUAAGUUAUCAACAGUCUAAACAGCUCAUUGCUUCUCUCACGGAAUAACUAAUAGCUGUAAAAGAAUAUGGAAAGUACUUUUAUUUGAAGGACAACACAUAUUAAGUCUCAUGACAGCGGUCUUUAACAACUGUUCAUUGUUUAUAGAUGUUGACACAUACAUUCCAGGUGUCCGGCAUUAUUAAAGUGACAUAGAAGUUUUUAAUAUUUAAGUGUCUUUAGUUCUUAUAUUUGGUGUUAUAAGGUUGUAACGUGAUAUUUUGACAAAAUAGAGAAGACUUCUCUGCUCUCUCAGAUGAUUCCAGCUCCUGUAGGAUUUUCAAUUUUGUAUUUUUUGGUUCCAAAAUUUUAUAAAAUGUAUUUAUUUUUUCUGAACACUGCCUUUGUUGCAUUUCUAGGCUUAUUUUAUUAAUCUUAUUUAAGAAAGCACCUGAACUUUCAAACUUGUAUUUGUAUUAAAGGAACAGUGUGUAGCAUUUGGAGAAUUGAUUGGCAGAGAUAGAAUAUACUAUUAAUAAGUAUGUUUUCUUUAGUAUAUAAUCAAUUAAAAGUAGUCUUUCGUCUUUUGAGGUUUUUGUGUUUUGGCGUCGGCCACCUACGUUCUCCUACAUGCUUGGCACGCGAGAAGUUUCAGUGGUUGCAUUCUGCAACCUCACCGCUAGAUGCCGCCAAAUCCUACACACUGCACCUUUAAUU